UGUGUCACCUUUGUUUUUUGGAGGCAACAGAGGGCUUGCUGCUCAUCUUGUUUUACGUUGCUAGCUAGAGCAGCUAGCAGCUAGACUACUCGAGAGUGAGUUUAAAAUGACUAGCCUGGCUCAGGGAGUAACAAGAGCUGUCAUCAAAGAUCAUGAAGAGAAGCCAGAUGCAUGUAUGAAGUCUACUCUAGGCCUAUGAUGAAGGAUCUGAUGAAGGAACUUGUCUCUGUUGUUGACUGGCAACUGCUCAUGAUCAACAUGGGAAUGGAAAAGUAUGAAAACGACAAGAUAGAACGAAAUUUCGGGUGCGAUAUUGAUCGACAAAAACAGGAGGCCUUUGACAAGUGGUUGAGGAAGAAGCCUAAUGCUUGCUGGAAGAAUGUCAUUGAUGCUUUGUAUGAAAUAGAGGAGAUCACUCUAGCUAGUAGUCUUGCUAAGAGGUACAACUGGAAAGAUCCAAGGGUAUAUGUGAACAGCAGCUUUCUAAGUGCCUCUUAUUGUGCUCGCAUUACUGCCAAGAAAAGUGACUGUAUACCUUGUCGAAGAUUUCUUUCUCAACCGGCUUGUGGACUAGAAUACUAUACCUUUAAAGAUGAAUCAGUACGACCAAUUAAUGAAAUAUCAGCAGCAGCCAGGACAAAGCGAUUCUCACGUCUUAUACAGACUCAUCCAUAUCCCUACAGUCUGGCCGAUUUCUUUAGGAGCAUUGAAAAUAGUAGCAGUAAGGUUGACUUCAAAGUUGGACUUGAAGCAAGGUUUGGACAUUUGCACUGGAAAAUGCAUCCAAGGGCACUACUUCCCCCAUACUCAACUAACCAGGAGUGGAUAAGUUCCCAAUUGCUCCGAAAAACAACUUUUAACCCUCAUGUGGAAGAAGCUGAUGUUGAGCUACUUUUUGCUGGGAGGGAGCUGCUCGGGAAAGAAAUCACCAGAUUGCUCACAUCCUCGAUGGGUCACCAUACUGAACUAAAACAUAUCUUUUUUUAUGCUGUAAGAGCAUGGAUUUUACUGCUGCAUGCACUGCCACCAAAUUUCAUUUAGUAUAUUCUAUGACAUCACUGCAUGAGAGGCAUCAUUUAUUUUAUUUUUAUAACAAUUCAAGUAUAGGAUAUACACAAUUAGCUAGUAGCUAGCUAGAUUUAAAAUGCAUCCUAAAGAAUGUGCAUGUACAGAAAUAUUUAAACACACUGACAGUAACAAUAUCUUCUAUAUUGUGUGUACUAACAAGUUUGUUCCAUAAAGUUACAGCUAUAGCGU